AUGAUUAGAAUUAUUAAUAAUAAUUCAAUUCCAAUUAAUGAUCCAAAUUGGUCUAUAAUUGUAGAAGAAAGUAUUAAAGUAAUGGAUGAUAUUAAUUUAAAAAUGUUUAGUCAAAAAUAUAUUACACCAGAAAUAAUUAAUGAUGGGAUUGGAAAUCAUGUAAUUCAAAUAUUUAUUGAAAGAAGUGAAGAAAUAAAAGAAGUAAUUGAAAAGAUAAUGAAAGAAAUAGAUAUUAUUAUUUCAAAGAAAUAUUUUAUGUUAAUAGUUAAUGUUAUGAAAAAUAUUAGAAAAAUUGGUAAUAAAAAAGAAGAAGAUGAAUUUAUUAAAAGAAUUAAAAAUCAUUUAUGUGGAAGAGGAAAUAUUUUUGAAGAAGGAAGAAAAGAAUGGAUGAAAGGAAAAAGAGAAUUUAUUGAGUAUGGUUAUUGUAUGAUUCUUGAAAUUUUAAUUGAACAAAGAAAGAAAGAAAUGAUGAAAGAAUUUUAUCAAUUAAAAGAACAAAGAAUUGAAGAAUAUAUUAAUCAUAAAGAAGGAAGUCAUGUUGUUGAAAAAAUAAUUGAAUAUAAUACUAACGAAGAAAAUAAUCAAUUAAUUGAAAUGAUAAGAGGAAAAAUUUGGAGAAUUAGUAUGAAUAAAAAUGGUUCAUUUGUUAUUGAAAAAUUAUUUAUUAAAAGUUCAAUUGAUGGUAAAUUAAAAAUUAUUGAAGAAAUGAAUAGUAAUUAUGAAGAAAUUGAAAAAAAUUUCAUUGGAAGAAAAGUAAUUGAGAAGAUGAACAUUAUUGAAUACAGAAAUAAUAUUACUAAAUGGAAAAGAUUAAUGAAUAUGAAAAAACAAAUUAUGGAAACUAUUAUUUCUAAAAAAUAA